GCGUAUCCGGCUCUCCUUAGGAAGUAGUUGAGAUGGGGAGCAGCACCUAGCAGACCCCAGGAGAGAAGUGAAACCAUUCUAAAACAGUUUGAACCUUUACAAAGACGAGCAUUCCUGGCACCAUAACCACUGCAAAGAAGUGCAUGAUUUAUUAAAUUAUAUCAGAAUGCAGUUCAGACAAAGCAUAUAGCUAGCGCAAACAUUGCUAAAGAAGAGAAGAAAUAGAAACAUGGUUUCGUAAUUUUUUUUCUUCUGUUUGCUGACUGCCAGUGUCCAUUCUUUUAAUAAUAAAUGAAAUCCAUAUUUGUUAUAUACAAAGGCAAGUAAACAUCAUGGGUUAAGAUGCUGGGCAUUGCUGCUCUGUCAUAUUACAUCCAAAAACCACAAAGAGCUGCAGCUGUAUCACCAGGUAGUUGUCACCCCCUGCCAAUGUUGGUGCACUGCCAGCAAGGGCUCCAUGGCAAGGAAAUGGGUACAGAUUGUAACAAGGAGCAAAACAGGUCAGCUCUUUAAACUGAGCAUCAAACUAUACACAGUGUAACUUGUCAAAACUGGAAUUAGAGGAAACUAUAAACAAUGUGGAUCAGUGUGUGAGAGAGAAAAUAUAAAAACAGGUUUUGGGGUUUUUUUGAGUGAAGAAAAUCUUGAUUGUCCUUUUUAAAAAAUUUUUUAUGCAAGACCCAAAGCUUCUGUGGGAAUACAGCUGUCAUGGUGCAUAAUGGGAGUUGUAGUUCUAAAGCUGGGAGUCUGCCUCUCAUUCACCCAUGCUUGUUACAAUAACACAACACAAAGGUCUUUGAGUCUUCUGGCACAAACCCACGGUCCUGCAUUUUCUGCACAAGUCCCUUGCUUGUGUGUGCCUGGUCUAGCCUGUUACAAGAUUUUCAGAAUGAGCUUGCCCUUGAUGUGUUAAUAAAGUUUUCCAAAGUCUAGUAAACCUGCUGCAGUUUUCUUAGCGGUGGACCCGUAACGUUCCAUCUAUAACCAUAACAUUCCAUUUAGAACCAUAACAUUCCAUUUAGAAUAAUAACAUUCCACCUUGUUCUAUCUCCCUGCGAGCUGUACACCGAUACUAAGUACCACCUUUAUACAAGGGAGUGAUACCUAAAUAUCCUGUACUCCUCCCAUUCUCCGCCUUCCUCUGUACACUUUCCUGUUUUUUAACAUAGGCGGGGCAUCAGCAGGAAGGUACAGGUGUGCAGGUGAAAUGAAAUUUCUCUAAAGGACCUGACCCUACAUCUGCACUUGUUUCAAAGCCCCCCUCCCCCACCUAAACCUGUAGCCCCUGCACGUCUGUUUGCUGAGCUCAGUUAUGGCUGUGCGCUUCCAGGUAAGCUCUGCUCUUUCUAAAUAACAAGUUCUACCUCCCCAGGGCAUAUGAGCAAUAUUUACAUGCAUCAUAAUUAAGGCCAUAAUGACUCGCCAAUUACAAGCCUCCCUUACAGAUAAUGUAUAGGGACUUUCAAACAGCCAAUGCUGCCCCACAGGAUGUAUCUUUUAGAAGGGUCUCUUAUUAAAGGGGCAGUGUGCUCACCGUGCUGAGCACUUCUAGCUUGUUGAAUAAUAAGCAUUAAUAUUUCAGGACUUUAAAAAAAUAAAAAAUAAUAUUUAGACAGGCUUGUGACAAUCAGGUAAAGCAGGGGUGUCCAAAAGGUAGAUCCCCAGAUGUUUUAAAAACUGCAGCUUCCAGGAUGCUUUGUCAUUCUGAAGGCAUGCUAAGCAUCACAGGAGUUGUAGUUCUACAACAUCUGGGGAUCUACAUUUUGGGCACCUAUGGGGUAAAGUGUUCUGGUUGAUUUUACAAAAAAAACCUUUUAAAUAAGUGCACAUAUUUUGGUAACAUAUUUCAAGCUCACUGUUAUGAAAAUUAUUUGAUAUUAAUAUUCGUAAGGGGCCCAUGAGAAAUACAUAAUACCUGAAAAUUUACAAAAUAGACAUAUUCUGUAGUGCUUUAGUUAUACAAGAAGUAAUUGAUAAACAAUAUCAUAGCAGGAGCUGACAAUCUGUUUAUGAUUUCUAAAACAUACAUUGAAGAAUUCCAGCUCUCUUCAAAAAUUAAGAGUUGAGAAUUUUCAUAUUGGUGAAAAUGAAUUAAAUAAGAGAAUGAUUUUAGCUUGCAUCCAGGGUUCACAUUAUACAAGACUUGCUAACUAACACUAGUUCCACUUGUUUACAUGUAAAGUACCAGCCAAUUCAAUCUGAAUUUGAAUUUCAUACAUCAGUUAUGGGUUGUGGGGAAAAGAAAGUGGAGCUGGGACAGAUGUGGAUCAUACCAUAAACACUGCAUGUUGCUGUACCCAAAACUGACCCCCUGCUGCAAGAAAUGUACAUGUGUCUUUAACAAUGUUCUGCUUCUAUCUGGGUCUCAAGAUUUCUUGCAUUCUAUUUAAUUUAAAAAAAAAUAAAAAAUAAAAAAUUAUUUUAGCCCUUGAAAUUCUGCUUGGUAGAUAGUAGAGAAAGGACACAGCCUCACGGUGCUGUGGUCCUGCUGGUUAUUAGUAUUUAAUUUGUAUCCUUUUCCCACAGAUUUUGUAUGUUCUUUAAUUCUGUUUGCAUAAAAAAGGAGGCAAACCAAAAUCCCCAUACCGUCUCUGUAUAGCCGAAUUUGGAGUGUUUUUUUAAUUACAUUAGAUUAAUAAAUGUUUGAAUUCUAUUGCUUCUAUGUAUUCCGACAUUCUCAGCAGUUUUAAUUCUGUUCAUAAAGUGUGUGCGCGCACUAGUUUCAUUAAACAACUAUCGCUAUGAAGUCUAUAACUAUAAAAAUACACAUAUGGACAGUUGAUCACAAAAAUAACUGCAAUAUAUCAAAAACCUUAAAAACAAACUCUAUUAAAAUAAAGUAUUUAUUUGAAGAAUAUUCCAGAGAUCGUAAAAAGCUUUUUUGUAAAUAUAAAUAUAUAUAUAUAUAUACCAUGUACAAAUUUUGUAUAUAUCCAACAAUGCAGUCUGCAUUAGAUGCACCUCAGUAGUAAAUGGUAAUAAAUUACUCUCUUAUCAGCUGACUGUCUUAAAGGGACAGGCAUCACUUUGAGACAACCGUUUCAUUCAAAAACUUUUAAUUUUAAUGAUACAAUUUUGGAUGCUGAAAAAAGCAGGUAAAUGGGAUUCUCUCCUCCCAAUAUUUAUCUGCUACUACUUUGUUUUUCACAUCUACUCCCGGGGUUGUUGAUGUAACCAAUCUGUGUACUAUCCCUAGGAAUGCUAGAAAGGAGCACUAGGCAUGCCUGACUGCUUUAACCAUGUGCAGUUGGAAUAUCUCUUUACCUUACACUAUCCUGACCAUAGUUACAUAGCUGAAAAGAGACUUGCGUCCAUCAAGUUCAGCCUUCCUCACAUAUGUUUUUUGCUGUUGAUCCAAAAAAAGGCAAAAAACCUGGUCUGAAGCGCUUCCAAUUUUGCCACAAACUAGGAAAAAAUUCCUUCUUGAACCCAAAAUAGCAGUCAGAUGUCUCCUUGGAUCAAGCAGCUAUUACCCCAUUAAUUAGAAAUUAUAUCCCUGUAUGUUAUGUUUUUGUAAGUAUUUAUCCAUUUUCAGUUUAAACAUCUGUAUGGACUCUGACAAAACCAUCAGGCAGAGAAUUCCAUAUCCUUAUUGUUCUUACUGUAAAAAAACCUUUUCUUUGCCUUAGAUGAAAUCUCCUUUCUUCCAGCCUAAAUGUGUGACCUCGUGUCCUAUGUAUAGCCCUGUUUAUGAAUAGAUUUCCAGAUAAAGGUUUGUACUGGCCCCGAAUAUAUUUGUAUAAAGUUAUCAUAUCCCCUCUCAGGCGCUGUUUUUCCAAACUAAACAGAUUUAAUUUUUUAAACCUUUCUUCAUAACUAAAAUGCUCCAUUAUUUAUCAAUUUUGUAGCUCGUGUCUGGACCCUCUCCAGUGCCAUGAUAUCCUUCUUUAGAACAGGUGCCCAAAAUUGCACAGCAUAUUCAAGGUGUGGUCUUACCAGCGAUUUAUAAAGAGUCAAAAUUAUAUUUUUAUGCCCCUAUAUAUACAUGACAAAAUCUUACUGGCCUUAGCAACUGCAGAUUGACAUUGCAUAUUGCUGCCUAAUUUGUUGUCUAUAACAAUUCCCAAAUCCUUCUCGUGUGUGGUUAUCCCUAAUUAUUAUUAUUAUUAUUAUUAUUGCCAUUUAUAUAGCGCCAACAUAUUCUGUAGCGCUUUACAAUAUUUUGAGAGGGGGGAUGUAACAAUAAAUAGGACUAUUACAGGAACAAUAGGUUGAAGAGGACCCUGCUCAAACGAGCUUACAGACUAUAGGAGGUGGGGUAUUAGAAACAUUAGGACAGGAAUUAUCAAGUAGGAGUGAAGCAGAGCUGGAGGAGAGGGCAAAGCACUGUCCCAUAGGAGAGAGCAGGAGACAGGUAUGUAAGGUAGAGAUUACUCUGGGAGGCCAUACACUUUCCUGAAGAGAUGGGUUUUAAGGCACUUCUUAAAUGAUUGAAGACUAGGGGAGAGUCUGAUGGCAGUAGGCAAGCUAUUCCAUAGGAGAGGAGCCGCCGCGAGAGGUCCUGCAAGCGCGAGUUGGCCGUAUGGGUGUGAGCAGCGGUCAGGAGGUGGUCACGGGCAGAGCGGAGGGUACAAGGAGGGGCAUAUCUAUGGAUUAGUGAAGAGAUAUAAGAGGGGCUAGAAUUGUUCAGUGCUUUAAAUGUAUGGGUUAGCACUUUGAAUUGACUCCUAUAGCAUACAGGGAGCCAAUGUAAGGACUGGCAGAGGGGUGAGGUGUGAGAGGACCGACUAGAGAGGAAAAUCAGUCUAGCUGCAGCAUUCAUUACAGACUGUAGCGGGACAAUACGGCUUUUGGGGAGACCCAUCAUGAGAGGGUUACAGUAAUCCGUGCGGGAAAUUACUAGAGCAUGGACAAGCUCCUUGGUAGCAUCUUGCGUAAGAAAGGGCCGGAUGCGGGCUAUGUUUUUGAGUUGGAACCUACAGGACUGGGCAACAAACUGGAUGUGAGACUCAAAGGUGAGACCAGAGUCAAGUAUGACGCCAAGACAGCGUGCUUGCAGGGAUGGACUUAUGUAGAUAUCACUGACUUGAAGGGAGAGCGAGAGAGGAGGAUCAGUAUUAGGAGGAGGAAAAACAAGGAGUUCAGUUUUAGAGAGGCUAAGUUUCAGAAAGCGUGAGGACAUCCAGUCAGAGAUGGAAGAAAGGCAAGCAGUGAAACGUUGCAGGAUGGCAGGGGAGAGGUCCGGGGAGGAGAGGUAUAUCUGAGUGUCAUCAGUGUACAGGUGGUAGUGGAAUCCAAAAGAGGCAAUAAGUUUACCAAGAGAGGCAGUAUAAAGAGAAAAUAGAAGGGGUCCAAGGACAGACCCUUGGGGAACUCCAACCGAGACAGGACGAGGGGAGGAGGUAUCCUUGGGAAAGGAGACACUGAAUGAGUGUUGGGAGAGAUAGGAGGAAAACCAAGAGAGGACAGAGUCACAGAGACCGAGCGAUUGAAGAGUUCAAAGGAGGAGAGCAUGCUCAACGGUGUCAAAGGCAGCAGAGAGGUCAAGGAGAAUUAAUAUGGAGUAGUGACUUUUGGAUUUAGCGGAGAUUAGGUCAUUAGUCACUUUGAUAAGAGCAGUCUCAGUAGAGUGGAGAGGGCGGAAGCCAGACUGAAGAGGGUCAAGGAGAGAGUUGGAAUUAAGGAAGCGGGACACACGGGUAAAGACAAGUCUUUCCAAAAGCUUUGAGAAAGAGAGCAGGGAUAUGGGAUGAUAUUUAGAAGGGGAAGAUGGGUCAAGAGAUGUUUUUUUCAGGAUAGGUAUUACAGUGGCAUGUUUAAGGUCAGGAGGAACAGUGCCAGAAGAGAGAGAGCAGUUAAAGAUGUGUGUUAGGGUAGGCACAAGACAAGGGGAGAGAAAUCUGAUGAGGUGACAUGGGACAGGAUCGAGCGGGCAAGUGGUGGAGCGAGAGGAAUGGAGAAGCGCAGUCACCUCUUGUUCAGUAGCCGGGUAGAAAGUCUGGAGGGUAGGGAAAGCAUGAUUUACAUGUGGUUGAGAAAGAGAACGGCAAGGAAGGGAGAAUUGUUUCCUUAGCUGUUCAAUCUUGUCGGUAAAGUAGCAUGCAAAGCUAUCAGCUGUAAGGUUAGUUUGGGGGGUGGCCACAGCAGGGCGGAGAAGGGAAUUAAAGGUGUCAAAGAGACGUCUGGGAUUGCGGGAGCAUGAACUAAUGAGAGAGAAAAAGUAUGACUGUUUGGCGAGGGCUGCGCUGUAUGAAAGCAACAUGAAUCUAUAAUGGAGAAAGUCUGCCUGGGUGCGGGACUUCCUCCAGGAGCGUUCAGCACAACGGGAGCAACUCUGCAGAUAGCGUGUUGAUUUAUGCCAAGGUUGGGGUCGUGUCCUCCUCGAGGUGUAUGUUUGAAGUGGGGCUGCAGCGUUCAAGGCAGAUGUAAGGGUAGUGCUGUAUGUGGGGGGAUGAGAGCUUGUAUUUAGGGUAUUUAGGAGGGGUGUGUGGAGAAAGGCUGGAUAAAUAUGAGUAAAGUGUGUGUGUGAUGAAUACAGAGAUGAGGGGAGCAGAGAUGAAGCAAUGAAGAUGGUGUUAGCAGGAACAGGUAAGUAAAAUGAUAGAGAGAUUUUAAUGACGAGGGAAGUGAGAGAGAAAGUGAAAAAAUAGAAGUGAGAAGGAGAGUAGGUGCUGUAUUUUUAAGAGCUGUGGUUAGGAGGGUUAAGGUUUAAAGAGGUAUUGUGUGAGUAUAGCUAUUUUGGGUGUGGAGGGCUUGGUGGACAGAGGCUAACAUAAUUGGUUUAACAGGAAGGUAGGUAAUUUGAGCUAUCAAUAAAUGUAGUGAUUACCAUGGGGAGGGUGGGAAGCGAUCAUCCAGAAAUGCUACCUCUGCUUAUGGCAAGUCCUGCAGGGUUGUGUGCUGGGAGUCCUGGGUGUAGCUGAUUCAAUAUUGUAUGGGGCUAUUUACUACCAUUUAGUUGCUUGUGCAUUCUUAACCCUAAAGUGCAUAACUUUGCAUUUCUCUAUGUUAAAUUUAAUCUGCCAUUUUAGUGCCCCGUCCCCCAAUCUAUCCAAAUCUCUCUGCAGCAAAAGCAAUAUCCUGCUCACAUUUUAUUACUUUACAAAGUUUUGUGUCAUCUGCAAACACUGAUACGUGGCUUUCAAUGCCUAUUUCAAGAUCAUUUAUAAAUAUGUUAAACAGAAGUGGUCACAAAACAGCACCCUGAGGGACACCACUUACCACUUUUGUCCAGCCUGAAAAUUUACCAUUAAUUACAACUCGUUGUACUCUAUCCUUAAGCCAAUGUUCUACCCAAGAACAAGAAUAUUCAUCUAGACCAAUUUCUUUUAGUUUGAAGACUAACCUAUUGUGAGGAACCGUAUCAAAUGCCUUGGCAAAAUCCAAGUAGAUCACAUCCACUGCAACACCCUGAUCUAUACUUCUACUUACUUCUUCGUAGAAUGCAAUUAGGUUAGUUUGAUAUGACCUAUGUUUCAUAAAACCAUGCUGAUUAUUGCUAAUAACAAAGUUCUUCCCAAUGAAUUCCUGAAUAUUAUCCCUUAAUAGCCCUUCAAAUAUUUUCCCAGUUACAGAAGUUAAGCUUACAGGUCUAUAAUUUCCAGGCAAGGAUUUUGAACCCUUUUUAAAUAUAGGAACAACAUCUGCCUUCCUCCAAUCCUCUGGUACAACACCUGAAACAAACGAAUCUUGAAAAAUUAAAUACAGAGGUUCACUUAUUUCCCAACUUAGCUCCUUAAGUACUCGUGGGUGAAUACCGUCAGGCCCCAGAGCUUUAUUUACAUUAAUUUUCUUUAAUAGCUGUAGCACCUUUUCUCGAGUUAUCCAAUCACAAGUUUUUUGCAGCAAUCAUUUGCAUAUCUCUUGCCAUAGGAUCCUCAUAAAUAUAUACUGAAGAAAGUUAUUUUACAUUUUUUAGAGCGACCAGGGGAGAAGAGAGGGAGUCUGAUCAGUGUGAUCAUGCAGAGCAGACUCUGGUGCCAGGUUUCUCUCUCCUGCUGCUGCACAAUAAUGCCCUCUUUCUGUAAUCAGUGGACUGGUCUGAAACUGAGAUGGGUGUGUAAGGAGAGGGGGCGAGGGAGACUGAAGAAACUCCCCUAGCUGAGAGGCAUGCCAAAAAAAUGCAUCUGACAAUGUUUAUAGUUUUGUAAAUGCUUAUUACAUACUUUUCAAAAUUGUGGGGUUUUUUUUUUUUGGUUUUUUUUGGCAGGGGUUUUGUUUUUGUUCUGGUUUGUAUAUUUUGUGUUUGCUUGCUGGUUGAAAGAAAUAAUUGUGAUGCAUGUCUUUUUCUUUUCAUUUUUUUUAUGCUCUCAGUAAACAAAAAAGAACACGGUCCUUCAGUCUUCAAAAUAUGUUUAUCAAACACUCCUUAUUGACUAUUGCCAUACUUGAUUCAAGCAUUUUAUUCUGCUGGCCUAUUAGAAGUUAAAGGAAAACUAGUAUUAAAUAGUUCACUUUUUGAGACCACUACCAGCACGCAGACCAUGUCCUCUCAAUAAAGUGGUCUGGGUGCAGUGGCCCUGAUGUUUUGGUCCUGCAAUGUAAACCAUCACUGUUUUGCAAACACGCCAAUGUUUACAUUGCCGGGCUAAACACUUCUGUCUUCCCACCAGCCACCAGAGGGUGCUUUCAAUACUACAACUGAGUCCGACACAGUCUUGGGACAAUUUGUGAUGUUUAAUAUCCUCACACACCGUAUAAGGACUUUUGUGCUUCUCAUUGAGAGGCGUUGGAUUCUGUGCUUCUCUGUGAGAAGCAUUUGAUUGGAGGAGUACAGCACUUGCAGCCCAUGCUUUUCCCGUCCUCUGUACUUUUCUAUGACAAGUACUGGAUUGGACGAGAACACUAUUAUUUGGUCGGCAGUUGGUUUGGAGUUUUAUGCUCCUCUUUCACUUGCUACUAGAGGAGGUGCUACGGUGUCCCCCAUUUAGGCUGUGACUUUAGUGAAACCGUUUAGAAAUAAAUUAUCGGUUUAAUUUGUUAGUCUCCAGAUAACUUUGUUUCAGUAUAAACAUGUAUGUCUCCUAUUUGUUUCUUUCUUCUGUUUCUACUUUCUGUUUGGAAGAAAUCCGCUGUUUGCCAUGUAAUCCACACCGAUUAUGUUUGCUUUAGAACCCAGAGCCAAAAACGUUUCAAAAACUGAUACAUGUGAGUGAGUGUGUAUAUGAUCCUAUCAGUUACUGAUCUCCAUAUUGAAUUCCACAGUUAUCUAUUAAUCUCUUUCACAUUCUCGUAUUGAUUCCGGUUAACCUGCUACAAGGAAAUCUUAUGUCAAAGAUUCAGUAACAUUUAGUUUUAUUACUUCCUUAAUUAUAUCUGCUAAAGAGCAAUAGAUCAAUAUUGUAUUAUGUAAUCUGUUAACUAAACUCCAAUGUAUACGACUCUAAGAAACAUAAAUGUCAGAGCAGCAGUUGCCAAUACUUUUUGGGCCAAGCCACAUUUUAAAGAGAGAAAAAUGUCCAAGACAAACCUAUUAUUAUUAUUAUUAUUAUUAUUAUUAUUAUUAUUUCUUCAUAUUACCUUCAGCUCAAGAGUAUACAUUUCACACUUACUUGAAGCUUUAGAGCGAUCUACAUGCUUCUAACCAAACUGAUUCAUUCAUUUUAUCAAACAACCAGUUGGGUAACAAUUUUAAUCCUAAAUUAUUAUUUAGAACAGUGGUGCUCAAAAGGUAGAUCCCCAGAUUUUUUUUAAACUGUUGGGACAUUGAGUUCCAGGCUAUCUGUGUCAGUGUUGUUUGUAUUGUGCAAAAUCUUGUACUGAGCGCAUGUUCAUUCCCAGAUAGAGACACGACCAGAUCCUAUAGGGGAAAAAAAAGAUGUAGCUCCUGAUUCACAAGUAACUUCUUGGUUCAUGGAUUGCAGGAUAAAACUUACCAGGAAAGGUUAAAGGAUCUUAACAUGUAUAGCUUGGAGGAAAGACGAGACAGGGGGGAUAUGAUAGAAACAUUUAAAUAUAUAAAGGGAAUCAACACAGUAAAGGAGGAGACUAUAUUUAAAAGAAGAAAAACUACCACAACAAGAGGACAUAGUCUUAAAUUAGAGGGACAAAGGUUUAAAAAUAAUAUCAGGAAGUAUUACUUUACUGAGAGGGUAGUGGAUGCAUGGAAUAGCCUUCCAGCUGAAGUGGUAGAGGUUAACACAGUAAAGGAGUUUAAGCAUGCAUGGGAUAGGCAUAAGGCUAUCCUAACUAUAAGAUAAGGCUAGGGACUAAUGAAAGUAUUUUAAAAUAUUGGGCAGACUAGAUGGGCCGAAUGGUUCUUAUCUACCGUCACAUUCUAUGUUUCUAACUACAGCUUCCAUGAUGUUUUGCCAUUCUAAAGAUAUACAAAGCAACCAUUGUUAGUUGUAAUUCUACAAAAUCUGGGUAUCUACCUUUUGGGCACCCCUGAUUUAAAGAAUGAAAGGGCGGAGGGGGGGGAACCAAACAAUUUAAGGACUGUAUUCAAACUGACUACUGCUUGCAUCCCGGGUAAUAGUGGCCACUGAGACAAGAUCAUAACAAAUAAUUGACACCAGACUUACACAGACAGUCCUUCACAUGCAGUCAACCGGUUUUUCUGCUAAUCUAUAUGAUACCUGAGGAAUCGACUUUGAUCUACAUAUUUAAACACUGCAGCAAGUUAAUUUACAGGCCAGUUUAAAUAAAAAGGAAAAAACACAGUGUAAAAAAACCCAAAACAAACAAAUUCUAUAAUUUUGCCACGCGCACCAUAUAGUCUCCUCCAUCAAAAAGAACGCCUAACCAUGUACAGGAGUCUCCUUUAGCGCUCAUCUCCAGUAACGUGCUCACGUGCAUCAUGUUCACAUUCACAAAAUUAUUUUUUAUCCCCUCUUUUUCUAGGUGUCUGAAAUGGAGGAGAUGACGAUAUGGGAGCAGUACACUGUCACAAUACACAAAGUAAGUGCUUUCCAUCUUCACAUGGUUUGGGAAAUAAGACUUAUCUUACAAUGAAAGAGUUCCACCAAAAAUAUUUACAAAAAGACCCAACACUGCCUAUACAGUUGCAAGAAAAAGUGUGUGAACCCUUUGGAAUGAUAUGGAUUUCUGCACAAAUUGGUCAUAAAAUGUGAUCUGAUCAUCAUCUGAGUCACAACAAUAGACAAUCACAGUCUGCUUAACCCCUUAAGACCGCAGGGCGUACUAUUACGUCCUCUAAUAGGCGGCUCUAAACGCCGCCGGGCGUAAUAGUACGCCCUCCGGUCUUUCUGUACUUACCCGGUCGCCGGCGGUCCCACGCCGGCGAUCGCGGUGGGGGGGACUCCCAGGGAGCCCCCCGCGGCACGACCGUCCUCCAGGAAGCCCCCCGGCCGUGUGAGAGUGGGGUCCUAGCGAGGACCCCACAAUCACAUGGCCGGGUAUAGCUGGCUUCUGUAUUGCCAGCAGGGGGGCUGCCUGUAAUUACAGGGGGUCCCCCUGCUGGCUGAAAAUAAAAGUAAAAUAAGUUAAAAGUGUAAAAAAAUAAAAUUAUAUAUACUUAGAUCAUAUAUAUAUAUUAUAUAUAUAUGAUCAAAGUAUAUAUAUACACAUAUACAUACACACAUGUACACCGUCUAGGUGUAUUUUACUAUUAAUAUAUAUAUAAUUAUAUAUAUAUAUUAAUAUCAAAUUACACGUAGACUGAUACUGAUUAAAUAUAUAUAUAAUUAUUGUUAUAUAUAUAUUUAUAUAUAUUAUAAAAAAAAUUAAAAUGUAAAUACGUUAAAAAAUAAAAUUACAAAAAUAAUUAAAAAUAAAUAAUUAAAAAAUAUAUAGAUGUGUGUUAUUUCGUUCUAACUGUAUUGUGAAAUUAAUAUAUAUAUAUAUAUAUCAAAAUACACAUAGAACGAAAUAAUAUAUAUAUUUAUACACAUAAAUAUAUACGUAUAUAUCACUAUAUAUAUACCUAUAUAUAAAUAAAAAUAUUUUUAAAAAAUUAUAUAGAUAUAUACAUAUAUAUACACAUACGUAUAUAUAUACAUAUAUUGAUUCUACAUAUAUAUUUAUGUAAUAUUUUUACAUAAUUAGGUAUCUUAAUUAAUUACAAUUAGCAGGACCUGCAUGACAACCCAUGCCGAAAGUAAAGGGAAUUUAAUUUGCUAGCACUAUAUUUAACCCUAUAACUUUCCGAGACACCAUAAAACCUGUACAUGGGGGGUACUGUUCUACUCGGGAGACUUCGCUGAACACAAAUAUUAGUGUUUCAAAACAGUAAAAUGUAUUACAACGAUGAUAUCGCCAGUAAAAGUGACGUUUUUUGCAUUUUUCACGCACAAACAGCAUUAAACGGACAAUAUUAUUGCUAUGAUACUUUUUACUGUUUUGAAACACAAAUAUUUGUGUUCAGUGAAGUCUCCCGAGUACAACAGUACCCCUCAUGUACAGGUUUUAUAGUGUUUUCAAAAGUUACAGCGUCAAAUAUAAGGCUUGCGUUUCAUUUUUUUCACAUUAAAAUUCGCCAGAUUGGUUACGUUGCCUUUGAGACCCUAUGGUAGCCCAAGAAUGAAAAUUACCCCUAUGAUGGCAUACCAUUUGCAAUAGUAGACAACCCAAGGUAUUGCAAACAGGGUAUGUCCAGUCUUUUUUAGUAGCCACUUAGUCACAAACACUGGCCAAAAUUGGCGUUUUUUGCAUUUUUCACACACAAACAAAUACUAACGCUAACUUUGGCCAGUGUUUGUGACCAAAUGGCUACUAAAAAGACUGGACAUACCCCAUUUGCAAUACCUUGGGUUGUCUACUAUUGCAAAUGGUAUGCCAUUAUGGGUGUAAAUUUCAUUCCCGGGCUACUAUACAGUCUCAAAGGCAACGUAACCAAUCUGGCGAAUUUCAAUUUCAAAUGUAACGUGCUAUAUUUGACCCUGUAACUUCCCAAAACGCCAUAAAACCUGUACAUAGGGGGUACUGUUUUACACGUGAGACUUUGCUGAAUACAAAUAUGUGUAUUUUAUUGCAGUAAAAGCAAACAGUAUUAUGACACUGACCGUUAAAAUGUCAUGUAGAACUAAAAAAAUCCAAAAAAAUCGUAUUUUCUCCCAUUUUUUUCAUAUUAAAUUAUGUUUCAUAGCUAAAUAUUUGAUAUUAAAUGAAAGCCCUGUUUCCCCUGAAUAAAAUGAUAUAUAAUAAGGGUGGGUGCAUUUACUAUGAAAGAGGUGAAUUACGGUUGGACAGACAUGUAGCGCAAAUGCCAGGUUUUGUUUACAUUUUGUUUUGUUCACAACGUGUACAUUUGGCUCCGUCCUUAAGGGGUUAAACUAAUAACACACAAAGAAUGAAAUGUUGCCAUGUUUGUAUUGAAUACACCAUGUAAACAUUCACAGUGCAGGUGGAAAAAGUAUGGGAACCCUUGGAUUUAAUAACUGGUUGAACCUCCUUUGGCAGCAAUAACUUCAACCAAACAUUUCCUGUAGUUGCAGAUCAGACGUGCACAACGGUCAGGAGUAAUUCUUGACCAUUCCUCUAUACAGAACUGUUUCAGUUCAGCAAUAUUCUUGGGAUGUCUGGUAUGAAUCGCUUUCUUGAGGUCAUGCCACAGCAUCUCAAUCGGGUUGAGGUCAGGACUCUGACUGGGCCACUUCAGAAGGCGUAUUUUCUUCUGUUUAAGCCAUUCUGUUGUUGAUUUACUUCUAUGCUUUUGGUCAUAGUCCUGUUGCAACACCCAUCUUCUGUUGAGCUUCAGCUGGUAGAGAGAUGGCCUUAAGUUCUCCUGCAAAAUGUCUUGAUAAACUUGGGAAUUCAUUUUUCCUUCAAUGAUAGCAAUCCGUCCAGGCCCUGACGCAGCAAAGCGGCCCCAAACCAUGAUGCCCCCACCACCAUACUUCACAGUUGAGAUGAGGUUUUGAUGUUGGUGUGCCUUUUUUUCCCCACACAUAGUGUUGUGUGUUUCUUCCAAACAAAUCAACUUUGGUUUCAUCCGUCCACAGAAUAUAUUACUGCUGUGGAACAUCCAGGUGCUCUUGUGCAAACGGUAAACGUGCAGCAAUGUUUUGUUUGGACAGCAGUGGCUUCCUCUGUGGUAUCCUCCCAUGAAAUCCAUUCUUGUUUAGUGUUUUACGUAUUAUAGAUUCGCUAACAGGGCUGUUAGCAUUUGCCAGUGACUUUUCUAAGUCUUUAGCUGACACUCUAGGAUUCUUCUUCACCUCAUUGAGCAGUCUGCGCUGUGCUCUCGCAGUCAUCUUUACAGGACGGCCACUCCUAGGGAGAGUAGCAGCAGUGCUGAACUUUCUCCAUUUAUAGACAAUUUGUCUUUCCAUGGACUGAUGAACAGCAAGGCUUUUGGAGAUACUUUUAUAACCCUUUCCAGCUUUAUACAAGUCACCAAUUCUUAAUCGUAGGUCUUCAGAUAGCUCUUUUGUGCGAGGCAUCAUUCACAUCAGGCAAUGCUUCUUGUGAAAAGCAAACCCAGAACUGGUGUGUGUUUUUUAUAGGGCAGGGCAGCUGUAACCAACACCUCCAAUCUCAUCUCAUUGAUUGGACUCCAGUUGGCUGACAUCUCACUCCAAUUAGCUCUUGGAGAUGUCAUUAGUCUAGGGGUUCACAUACUUUUUCCACCUGCACUGUGAAUGUUUACAUGGUGUGUUCAAUAAAAACAUGGCAACAUUUCAUUCUUUGUGUGUUAUUAGUUUAAGCAGACUGUGAUUGUCUAUUGUUGUGACUUAGAUGAUGAUCAGAUCACAUUUUAUGACCAAUUUGUGCAGAAAUACAUAUCAUUCCAAAGGGUUCACAUACUUUUUCCUGCAACUGUAUUUGUGUGAAUAUUUUGAAGCCAGGUUACCCCAGAGCAGUAAAGUGGGCAUGUUCAAUAAAUCCUCUUCUCUUCAGCUUACCCAUAAAUGCUCAAUGCAUGUUCUUUUGAGGUAUAUAUCAAGGUACAAAUGGAUUGUGGGACAAAACCGAUGUUCAUUCCCCCCCCUUCUGCCCCAUCCCCCCAGUGACAUUAACUGUAACAUUAUUAUUAUUAUUAUUAUUAUUAUUAUUAUUAUUGCCAUUUAUAUAGCGCCAACAGAUUCAAUAUUCUGAGAGGGGGGAUUUGGCAAUAAUUAGGACCAUUACAAAAAAACUUACAGGAACAAUAGGUCGAAGAGGACCCUGCUCCAACGAGCUUACAGUCUAUAGGAGGUGGAGUGUAAAACACAUUAGGACAGGAAAUAUCAAUCAAAUAAGGUGGGAGUGAAGCAGAGCUGGAGGAGAGAGUAAAGUGCUGCCCUUAUGGAGAGAGCAAAAGACAGGUAUGUGAGGUAGAGGUUACUCUGGGAGGCCAUAAGCUUUCCUAAAGAGAUGGUUUUUAAGGCACUUCUUAAACGAUUAAAGACUAGGGGAGAGUCUGAUGGGGGUAGGCAGGCUAUUCCAUAGGAAGGGAACCGCCCGUGAGAAGUCCUGCAAGCGCGAAUUGGCCGUAUGGGUGCGAGCAGCGAUCAGGAGGUGGUCACGGGCAGAGUGGAGAGGCCGAGAAGGGGCAUACCUAUGGAUCUGUGAGGAGAUCUAAGACGGGUUAGAAUUGGUCAAUGCUUCAUAGGUAUGGGUUAGCACUUUGAAUUGACUCCUAUAGGAUACAGGAAGCCAAUGUAAGGACUGUAUUGACUCUAGACAAACCAUUUCCUAACCAUUUCACUAAUGCAGUUUAAAAAUAAAAUAAAAACAUGUUUAUAUAAAAAUAUUAUUAAAAAAAAUAUAUAUAUAUAUUUUUGCAUGUUUGAUGACUGUGAUUGGUAAAUUCAACCAAAGGAAAAUAAUGCCAUAUACCAUGCUGUUACACACUGCUCAACAAAAAGGAAAGGUUCAUUUUGCUGGAAACGUAUGAUCAUAUAUUUUAAUUAAUUUAUUGUGGUUUUUUUUUUUUUUUUUUUUUAACUAAUAAAAGCAUUAUUUUGCAAGGUACUUCUUCCUUGUAGAAAUGUUUAUACCGUCUCCGCAUAGAUGAUUUAUGGUGUGCUAGUAUCUGUUUUUAAUUUUGAUUUAGUUUUAUACUUUGUGUUCGUCUUGGAGGUUUCAACUUGUGUAGUUGAAUUCUGACCUCUGAGUUUCUGUCUAAAUAUUUGAGAAGGGUGGAUUUUUAAUCCCACCCACCUACUCUCUAACUAACAGAUUAUUUUACACAUUCUUAAACUGGGUUUUCUACAUGGCUCUGAUCUUUCAUAAACUAUGAUGAAGUCAUGUUUCUGAUGAAUGUGGUGGCGGCUAGCAUGUGUGCUUGUAUGUUCAGCUAUAAUAUUACAGAAAUGCUACAGACGUUAUUUGGUUCAUGAACCGGUUUUACAUUUCAAACUCUGUAUCUUAACAGUCUAUAAUAUUUUUAAUUGUUACCAACAAUGAAUGUAAAGUUUUGUGUGGAUUCAUAAAUAGGCUGAUUAUAAAAAAAAUUAUAAUUAGGUUUUAUUCAGAAAACACAGAAGUGUGUGUCUGGAUAAUAUCUGUGAUGAACUGUGUAUUAUGGAAAUAUAAUGCCAUCGAGGACUUUUGGAGACCUCCCAAGGUUUGACUUGGGGUAGUGUAACUGAAGACUUGGUGUUGAGGCACGGUAGGUAUGGCAGGGUCUCACUGCUCAGUUGUCUACCAUUUAUGAGUUAAAUCACUUUCUCUUUUUUUUUUUUUUUUUUUUUUUUUAAACAUCCAUAGCCUCAUCUCCCCUUGCUGUCAUUGACACAGCAUGUAUGAGGAAAAAAAGAUUUAUUUUUCAAUCAGAUGCUAACUUGCUUUAGAAGUUUUUAUCUCCGGCUAUGUAAAUUGAGCAUUAAUCACACACAGGAGACUGCAGAGUCUAGAAGGCUAUUAACCGAGUAGGAGAUGAGCAAUUCUAAAUUAAACAAACUGUGAAAUAAUGAAUGUUUUUAAACAUUAGAUCUCUCUUUACAGGAAAUGCUUAGGAAGGCUAGGUAAGUAUAAACAUAGUGAUUUAACUCCUAAAUGGCAGAGAAUUCAGCAGUGAGACUGCUGGGCAUGAUCUAUACACCAAAACAGCUUCAUUAAGCUAAAGUUGUUUUGGUGCCUAUAGUGACCCUUUAACUGUCACUGUACAGGAUAUUUUUCUUCUACAGGAAUACAGUUAUAAGGGAACGCUAAUAAUUCCAGGUUUUCCCGGAAAUUGACACAUCUACAAGAUUAACGUUAUGUCUAUGUCUGCAGAUAUCAUGGGCCUAAAUUUAAAAAAAUAGAAAACUUCACUUUUAUCCAACACCCCGUGAGUCUGUUAGUGCCGACUCCGCCCCGAUCCACCUACUUGGCUGAGAUCAUCAAAACCGAUGAUCUCAGACAAUCCUUUGCUUUCAUGUGGGGAAUUAUUGGAUUGGCUGAUAUUGUCAUUUCUGAUAUCACCAAGGAGGCAGGGUGGCAGAGCCAAAUGCCCCGCUGGCCAAUUGGCAUUGACUGAAUGCAUUUCUAUGGGAGAAAUUCAGCACCUCCAUGCAGAGCGUGGAGAUGCUGAACAUCAGUGCAGCACAAUGUGCAGCACUGACCCAGGAAGCUGCUCAAGUGGCCGUCUGAGUGACUGUUACUGGAGGUGUCCAUAGUGAGCAAUGUUCUGGUGACUAUAAUGUCCCUUUUUUGUUGGGGGGGGAAGAGCGAAUAGAUUGUAAUACAAAAGUAAAUCUUAUCUCGUUUUAAAAUGCAAGUUUGUCAGGGGAAAAUAUACAUGCACUUAAAGGAAAAAAAUAUGCACAGUCUUGUGGAUGCGAGAACUCUUUGAUUACACCAGAAAUGUGUCUCCUCAUGCUUUUCAUUCUCUCUCCUGAUAGUUUCUUUUUUUUUUUUUUUUAUUCUUUGUUUUUAUAGUGCAAGGAAAGACAUACAGGCUUGUGAUGCCACAACAACAAUGGCAAGCUUAUUGCAGACUCAAACCUAUACAGUGUAAUGGCAUAAGAAGAAGUUGCACAUUUUUAUAUUUUUAGAAAACAAGCUGAGACAUAAAGAGGAUAACAAAAUGAGGACUAGUGUACUGGCUCCAUUUAUAUUUUAAAGCCAGUAUGCAAUGCCAGAACAAGCUAAGUAGCAUAGACAGGAAUAAUCAUAUUCAACAGAAAUUGUACUACAGUACACACUGCAAGACGAUUAAAUAAGACCAUGGACAAUAAACUGAUAUCUCAAUUUAAACAAGAGGCUAAGAUGCUCAUAUAGACUAAAUACAACAUUAAAGAGUCGAGGCUAAAAGGCGUUCAGUUAUAGCUGAUCGUAUUGAGUUAAAUACCACUGGAAAUCAAGGUCAACACCAAAAGAAUAUAUCACUUUGUCCAUAACUGAUAGUAAAACAAAAAAAUAAAUAAAGGAAAAUAUAUUUAUUUUGUGUUGGUUAUCAACAGGAGUUGAGCAGCUAGGAGUCACCUAACACCGCUAGCUGGCCACAGUGUGGGGACAUUCUCUUUGCCAAGCACAAUGUUUCCUUGGUUCCCUUCAGGUGAUUAGAAGGAUAGCUGAUUGCCAAGCUGGUAGUUAGGGGACAGCCCACUGCGUUGCUGCCCCACAGCUCUCAAAGCCCCAGGCCUUAUCAGGGCCUGUGUCCAAGGACCUUUGUGCACCGAAUGGCAUGAUCAUGGACCCCUAGAAUCUUUGGUACACAGGUGGCCCUCGGGGUAGAUUGACGGUGGGUCGGAUGACUUUCCGAGUGGACCUGCCACGUGGUUCACCAGAGCAGCUGGGGUAGAGUCGAGUAGUGUUUGUAGCUUUCCCAGUGGGGACUGGGAUAUCCCCAACUGAUCCAAAGGAGAGGGGGUUUUGGUUGGGGGUUAACGGGGCUCAAUGUAGAGAUUUGCCGCUUCUCCCAGAUUCUAGGUUGGCAGCCCACUAGGCCUCAGUUUCCAGCAGGUAUAAAUGUAAUAAAAUGAUGCAGUUCGAACCUGCAAGGUGUAGUCUGCUGUGGUGAGUAUCUGACCGUGAAAUUAGGCUUUUUCCCUCAGGGUUUACAGCAGAAUAAGCCAUUAAAAAUCUUACAGGAGCAGCUAAAAAAACAGGAUCAGGUAGCUGUGAAGCUACAUGGCCACUGUGUGUGAGAAAAAGACAUGGUCUUUAGGCAGGGUACACGGUGCCAGGGGUGCCUGUGUCAUUCUAUGAUACAAGACAAAAGCUUGGUCUGACUUGCGUUCUAACCAAGUCCUGCAUUAAUUGUGUGGCCACCUUUAAAGAGAAUUGAUGGCUAGAGAGUCCUAGCUUCUCCUGUCUAUCUUCAGGACGAAGCCCUGGCUUAGCCUGGUUUAAUUCUGGAGAGCUUGGCUUGUGAUAAUUGUCCAAUUCAGAUUGGUUAUUGGUCACUGCUGCACAGAGCAUCUAUUUGUAUCAACACCUAGAGGGAGCCCUGGUAAUUAAAUGUACAGUUGCAAGAAAAAGUAUGUGAACCCUUUGGAAUCAUAUGGAUUUCUGCACAAAUUGGUCAUAAAAUGUGAUCUGAUCAUCAUCUGAGUCACAACAAUAGACAAUCACAGUCUGCUUAAACUAAUAACACACAAAGAAUGAAAUGUUGCCAUGUUUUUAUCGAACACACCAUGUAAAGAUUCACAGUGUAGGUGGAAAACGUAUGUGAACCCUUGGAUUUAAUAACUGGUUGAACCUCCUUUGGCAGCAAUAACUUCAACCAAACGUUUCCUGUAGUUGCAGAUCAGACUUGCACAACGGUCAGGAGUAAUUCUUGACCAUUCCUCUUUACAGAACUGUUUCAGUUCAGCAAUAUUCUUGGGAUGUCUGGUAUGAAUCGCUUUCUUGAGGUCAUGCCACAGCAUAUCAAUCGGGUUGAGGUCAGGACUCUGACUGGGCCACUUCAGAAGGUGUAUUUUCUUCUGUUUAAGCCAUUCUGUUGUUGAUUUACUUCUAUACUUUGGGUCAUAGUCCUGUUGCAACACCCAUCUUCUGUUGAGCUUCAGCUGGUAGACAGAUGGCCUUAAGUUCUCCUGCAAAAUGUCUUGAUAAACUUGGGAAUUCAUUUUUCCUUCGAUGAUAGCAAUCCGUCCAAGCCCUGACGCAGCAAAGCAGCCCCAAACCAUGGUGCCCCCACCACCAUACUUCACAGUUGGGAUGAGGUUUUGAUGUUGGUGUGCUGUGCCUUUUUUCCGCCACACAUAGUGUUGUGUGUUUCUUCCAAACAACUCAACUUUGGUUUCAUCUGUCCACAGAAUAUUUUACCAGUACUGCUGUGGAACAUCCAGGUGCUCUUGUGCAAACUGUAAACGUGCAGCAAUGUUUUGUUUGGACAGCAGUGGCUUCCUCUGUGGUAUCCUCCCAUGAAAUCCAUUCUUGUUUAGUGUUUUACGUAUUGUAGAUUCGCUAACAGGGAUGUUAGCAUUUGCCAGUGACUUUUGUAAGUCUUUAGCUGACACUCUAGGAUUCUUCUUCACCUCAUUGAGCAGUCUGCGCUGUGCUCUUGCAGUCAUCUUUACAGGACGGCCACUCCUAGGGAGAGUAGCAGCAGUGCUGAACUUUCUCCAUUUAUAGACAAUUUGUCUUACCGUGGACUGAUGAACAGCAAGGCUUUUGGAGAUACUUUUAUAACCCUUUCCAGCUUUAUACAAGUCACCAAUUCUUAAUCGUAGGUUUUCUGAGAGCUCUUUUGUGCGAGGCGUCAUUCACAUCAGGCAAUGCUUCUUGUGAAAAGCAAACCCAGAACUGGUGUGUGUUUUUUUUAUAGGGCAGGGCAGCUGUAACCAACACCUCCAAUCUCAUUUCAUUGAUUGGACUCCAGUUGGCUGACAUCUCACUCCAAUUAGCUCUUGGAGAUGUCAUUAGUCUAGGGGUUCACAUACUUUUCCACCUGCACUGUGAAUGUUUACAUGGUGUGUUCAAUAAAAACAUGGCAACAUUUCAUUCUUUGUGUGUUAUUAGUUUAAGCAGACUGUGUGAUUGUCUAUUGUUGUGACUUAGAUGAUGAUCAGAUCACAUUUUAUGACCAAUUUGUGCAGAAAUCCAUAUCAUUCCAAAGGGUUCACAUACAUUUUCUUGCAACUGUAUGUUACUCCCCAAUAGUUUUCUUAGAAACUCCUUUCCCUAAAGCUUAUAUCUAGUUAUUUAUGGAGAGGCCCAGGUUCUUCCACAGCUAGAGCUAGAUAGGAUGUGUAUCCGAUUUCUCUAUCCUUGCUGUUUUCAUUUAUUACUCCGAGAGAUAGACCUUGUCUGGUCAUGCUUGCUGACACAUGUACUUCCUUCUAUGUGGUUAUAAGAACACAAAUCCAAGGAUCCCUUCUUCUACCUCCAUCCAGUGGGAUCUUGUCCUUGUCCUCUCUUGGUAAGUGUUGAUCUUCUGCAAAGCAGAGGCUCAUAUGUAGGUUUCCCCACACUCUCUACCUGAAGGUUGUCUGUUGGGGCAGCCCCAUCUGGUUUUGUUUUUUUCCUACUAGGCAGCUAUUUAUUCUGAAAAUAGAUUUGUAAAUUUCUGCUUCAAUCCAAGGAGGGAGAUUCCAAGUAUCUAUAGCUUUCUUUCGUUCAACUUUAGUAGGUUCAACAGGGUAUUUAUUUAAAGGGACACUAUAGACACCCAGACCAGUUCAUCUCAAUUACGUGGUCUUGGUUCCAUGUCCCUGUCAUUUCAAACCUGCAAAGUAAAACAUUGCCGUUCUGCAGUUACCGCAAUGUUUGCAGUGCAGGGUUUGAAAGUCUCUAAUGGUUGUUACUAUGAAAUUCCACUGAUAGUCAAUUAAAACUUGGCUAUAUCAAUCAGGUCUCCUGCACAUGUGCAUUAAACACCCAAAGCUUUCCUAUGAUUAUCAUCAAGAUAAUCUCAGCGAAGGAGGUGGGGGAACCAGAGAGAGUCCUGCGGUGUAGAGGGAGACUGUAAAAAAGUAAGCUACCCUUUUAACCCUCGUGGGGGUGAGUGACAGUCACCUAAAUAAUGACUAGGAUGUUAUAUUCCAAUCGCUAUAGUGUUCCUUUCAACCAUCUAAUAAUCUUUAAAGCAGGCUUCCCCAAACUCUGGCCCUGAAGAUGUUGCUGAACUACUACUACCGUCCUAUCUAUGUCAUUCAUAGAAUCAUGGGAGUCGUAGUUCAGCAACAUCUGGAGGGCCAGAGUUUGGGGAAGCCUGCGUUUAAAGCAAAACAUUUUUUUAAAAUGAAAACCUUUUAGUAACUGUACCUUCGUUGGAUGGACCAUGCUCAGCUCUCAAACAAAUGUUUGCUCAUAUGUGCCAUUAUAGCGAGAACGGAUACCAAAUGCAUAGCUGAUUGAUCCUACCCAUAAGGGCAGUGCAGUGCCAAAAUGCUAGCAAGUUGUCUUUGCUGGAAAGAUGAGGCAACCCCAGUUGAUCACCUUUGUCGGGCCUUGUGCGUGAGCAUGGGGUCCAUGUCUGAAUUUACUUUUUAACUUAAAGGACCACUCUAGGCACCCAGACCACUUCAGCUUAAUGAAGUGGUCUGGGUGCCAGGUCCAGCUAGGGUUAACCCUUUUUUUUUAUAAACAUAGCAGUUUCAGAGAAACUGCUAUGUUUAUAAAUGGGUUAAGCCUUCCCCCAAAGCCUCUAGCGGCUGUCUCAUUGACAGCCGCUAGAGGCGCUUGCAUGAUUCUCACUGUGAAAAUCACAGUGAGAGCACGCAAGCGUCCAUAGGAAAGCAUUAUGAAUGCUUUCCUAUGUGACCAGCUGAAUGCGCGCGCAGCUCUUGCCGCGCGUGCGCAUUCAGCCGACGGGGAGGAGAGAAGGAGGAUCGGAGGAGGAGAGCUCUCCGCCCAGCGCUGGAAAAAGGUAAGUUUUUACCCCUUUCCCCUUCCAGAGCCGGGCGGGAGGGGGACCCUGAGGGUGGGGGCACCCUCAGGGCACUAUAGUGCCAGGAAAACGAGUAUGUUUUCCUGGCACUAUAGUGGUCCUUUAAGCAGACCCUAAGCAAACACAUAAAAGCAAAAACAAACUCAUAUGUGACAGCCCAAGGUUCUCCCUGUAAUUUUCUUUUUAGACACAGUAACUGCGUAUUUUAGAGAAUUAAACCUGAGCGGUGUUCCUUAGAGAGUUGAGCAGCAGCCAAAACAUUAUCAAGUGCGUUGAAAGUUUCCAUUUAGAGGAAUAAUGAAAUGUUACUUUCUAUGGAAGUAUACGGCGACACAAAGGAAUGGUUUCUGUCUUACCAUACUUGUGUUCUACAGAGCAAAGACACAUCUGUCUGUUUUUACUCUCACAAAAAUAAAAUCUUGUUUUUACAGCCAGUCUCAUGAUCCGACUUCUAACGCUAAUCUUUUGCCUUUUUAACCGAUUCUGUUAUUUAAAUAGUUUUCAAUGCACUUGCAUUAAAAUCGGUGAUAAAGAAGAGCACCUAUUUAAACAUUAGGCAAUAAUUUAAGUUUAGUCUGGUCACUUUGGGCAAAAAAAUAAAUAAGAUUUCUUUGUAAUAGAGGCUAUAUUUAUAGGAUUGUAUUUUUUGCUAACAAAAUGUAAAAUUAAUAUGAAAACAAACACAAAAGGGAGGGUUUUGGUAGUAAACAACUCUUUGCCUUUUUUUAUGAAACAUUUUUUGCUGAUUUCAUUAACUAAUAUUUAAAGGGGCAUUGGGGUAACGUGUAGCGGAAGUAAAGCGAAAUAAACAUUCCUCGGCUUGCACGUCACCGUGAUUGGUGCUUUGUGGACAGGGAUUCGUGGGGUGUUUUGAUAUUUGAAUUACAUGCUAGAUGGGGUGUGCAUGAACAACCAAGCAUGUGGGGAAUAAAGGGCUUCAAAAAAACAUUGUUACACGUGCCUCCUGCGUUGAUAUCUGAUGGUUGUCCAACUUCUGUCCUCAUUCAAUCAGUAGUAAAGGUCUUUUUAACUAAACAGAAGUAGAUUUAUGCUCUCUUUCUCGUUGCCCAUACAAGAGGACUUUUGCUUCUCGUGAAGGCUUUGGUUAUGCAUCAGACCUUGAAAUAGAGCCAGUAUCCAAAAGAGGGAGUUGGAUCCCUAAACAUCCUAACAAGCCUACACAUGGAGCCAAUAAUCCUUAGGCUCAAAGUUUGUGAGUGAACAUCAUUACAUAGAUGUCCCAUAGUUACUAAUAUUGACAAUAUUGCACAAGGAUUCCGUCUCUUUUUUCCUAUUACAGAUCAUUCUAUUCCGUGUAUUGUUUAUAUACGUCUAUUACCUAUUGGAAACGUGACACUCCACCUAUUGUAUGUAUAUUUUGACUUUGAACUUUUCGAGUUUAUCGAUGUGGGUUAAGGGGAUUCCACACAGGUGUCUGAGUACCUCACAUCCAUUAUAACACACUGGGAAUUUGUGUAUCUUCAUUUAAAAUUGAAAUUAAGAACAAUUCUUCCAACACUGCUCCUAAACCACAUUUGUGUGAAACUACAGUGAUAAUUGCCAGGAAUUCAAAGUUCAUUUAGCAAUUGAAGAAUGAAAUUGCAAAACUGAAAACAGAAUUGACCCGGAGAAUUCUUCCAACUUUUGAAAUUCACUUUGAAUUCUCACUUUAGUAAGUAACUCCUGAUAGAGGGAAUUCACUCCAGUGACGAUUCAGAUUGAAUUCAGAGAGAAUUUCAAAUUGAAGUCUAGAAUAAUUGAACUGAAAUCAUUGCUAACUUAAAGCAUAUUUCCAUUUCUUUCCAGUUUGGCCUUAAAUUUGAAAUUCCACUUUGAAUGCAAACUUUAUUGAAUGACCCUGUAAGGUUUGGAGCUCCAUAAUACAUGAUCAUGUCUAUUUAGGAAGGUCCAUUUCUGUUUCUAUGAUGUUUUUAAAGACCCUCUUUUGUAGGAGUUCUUUUAGUGUCAAUGAGUCUGUGACCGGUUCAGAGCAAUAAACUUCUUAAUUCUUGUAAAUGUGUUAGGGGAAUUAUCCUUUGUAAAUAAAAUAUUUUGGCCUUGUAAAUUCCAUAAAUACUUUUAAGUAAUGUGAAUGCUUAGACGCCUGAUUAAUCCUGGACACCCUCCCCCAAAAUGGUUGAUUAUCUGCAUCUAACCAUGCGUGCUGGGCUGGCAUUAAAGGAUCUGCCUUGUGUACCUACCCAUGACCAACUGUACCAAAUGCAUCACUGCCACCACCAUUCCACGUUCAUACCUGUUGGAGAUAGAAAAAAGGGAAAAAAAACGAAAUCGACAUGUUACCCAUUUUGUCAUAUAUUUUACUUUGUUUGAUGCAGUCUUGGUUUUGUAUACAAGCAUUUUCAUGGCCUUACUAACAUGUGAGUGUUCUGCUUGGCUUCUCAAUCAUUUUAUGAUUACCUCUGCAGUCAUUAAUGGUGAACAUGUUCUGAUGUUCGGCUGCGGGGGUUGUUUUUCCAGAAUUUGUCAUUGCUGCAGAACACCGUGCACAAUAUUAGAACUCGAAAUUGUGUUCGAAAAGGUUCUACAGCCAAGAUGGACUUCUCACCUCAAUCCAUGCAGGUCCCUGAUGUUUUUAUGUGAAAACCAUUUCUUCUGUGACAUUUACUGAUCAUCCUAUAUUAUACCCACUUAGUUCAAUUCUUACACCCAUUUGCUCGCACAAAUAUAUUAUUGUAUGUCUUUACCUAAAAUAUCUGGAAGGGCAGUAGGUCAGUAUUAUUGCAAUGAUUCUAGUGACUUGUUUCAUCGUCCUAUAUAAUAAAUUGUUAAUGUUCUUUACGCACCAUGCAUUUCCCAUUUAUGUUUUUGGUGGGGUUAUUCUGCGUAGGUAACCCAGCUCGUCGAUAAGAUGCCUAUGUUUUUAAAUUACGGUUUCCUAAGGAUAUGCCUGAAUGACAUUGGACUGUUUAGGGUUUUUGUAGUAAUCUGCGUUAUUUAAGAAGGCUUUUUAAAAAAAUAAAUAAACCAAAACAAUAGUGUGAAGCAAACCUCUGGCUUUAAAACUAUUGCAACAUUCUUGUACAAGUACACAAAGCUGUGUUUACUCGCGGAUGCUAUCUUUUUACAAGGAUCUUUUUACCCUCAUUUAUGUCUGAGAAUAACAUUCACUAGAGUGAUGUGAUGAACAAUCCAGUGUUGGUAAUGAACUGACCAUCUAUAUUGGAUAUAGAGGGUGUGCGUAACAUACCUCCGACAUUUCAAAUGGACACAUAGGGACACUUUAAUUUUAGGGGCGUGGGUGGGGGCGGAGCUGUUAUGAGAUUUCAAGGUUUUUUUUUACAAUCUUGAUGUUUAGUGAAUUAAUUCUGACUUUACCAAUUUAAAAACCUUACGCCACAGGGCUGCUUUUAUCCUGUGACCUUCAUAUUUUGGUUUUAUCGGGUCAUGGCAUUGCAAUUUUAGAGCACGCAUUAUAUAAGUACUUUAGCAGGCCCAAGGCCAGACACUAGUAUAUUCAAUAAUACGCAUCCAAUGCAGCACUGUCACUUUUUUGGUUUUCCAGGAUCCUCGUCGAGGCUUUGGUUUUGCUGUUUCUGGAGGUAGAGACCACCCAUCAAAAUCAGAUGGCGAUAACUCGGUCAUUGUGUCAGAUGUUGUUCGCGGUGGCCCUGCUGAUGGUAGACUGCAGUAAGUAUUAUCACGCUUUACCAAGUUAUUGUUCGUUAUGUCUGUUACGUUCAACACAAAAUUCUUUUCAUUGCUCUGUGUUUUAUGAACAGAACGGAACACCUAACCUGCAACCUGUUUUAAAAAAAAUUAAAAAGGAACAAUUACCUGGUCAUAGGUAUCUAUAGGUAAAAAAAAAAAAAACAUAAUGAAAAAGGGUUGGCCUAACCCUUUAUGAUGGUAUAAAAUUUCCUCUAUCGCCAUUGUUUUUGUCAUUUAAAAACAAAACAAAAAAAAACCUCAUUAAUGAUGCAGUUCCUCUUUUUAUACUAGGCGGUAAUGUUUGGUUUUAUUUUGCUACUGUGAUUUUAUGAGACCAUUUUAUCACUCUUGCACUACUGUGUUUCUCCAAAGGACUCGUGAUCGCAUUGUUAUGGUUAAUGGUGCCUCCAUGGAGAAUGUGGCCUCGUCAUUUGCUAUCCACACGCUGAAAGCCUGCAGCAAGGUUGCUAAUGUGGUGAGCUGUCAUUUCAUUGUACUAUGUAGUAAUGCACGUGGAAUAUGAAACAUGGUUUAUGGAACUGGAAUGGCAGCGAUACAAAGUUUUGGAAUUUAAGGGAGUCUCUGACAACAGUAUUUGUUGUUGUCCUGGUGUGAUGCAGAAUGGUGGAUUCCACCCUCUCCAAUCGCAGUGGUGGCCAAAAGGUAGUUUCCCAAUCCGUCGUAUAACUCCAACAAUGCUCUACCAUUUGCCCAUGCAUGCAGGGUUGUAUUUAGCACUGAACAGUGUUUUGUAUGUUUGAAUGUAGGCAUGUGCUUGUAUGGAGUAUGUGUGAGUGAAUGAAGGGGGUGUAUUUGUGUGUAGGGUUUGCAAGAUGCUGAGAUAUAGACACACCGCUACACACACUGUGUGUCAGUGUGGGUGUUUGUGUCUGCAUGUGUGUCAAAUACCGACUUGCAUACAGAAACACAGAUACACAAAGACAGAUACACAAGGAGAUAUACAGACACAAAGACAGAUACAUACGGAGAUAUACAAAGACCAACACACAUAAAGAUACACCCUGACACACACACCUCCCUCCCACGCGGCUCUGUGUUAUCUGGGAGGAAAUGAGCAUCUCUCACUUCCUCCCAGCAUUGGCUGCUCUUAAUAAAGGGGCCCCAAUCUCUCUGUUAAAGGGCUGCAGGGCAAGACCGGGCCCCUGAAGACACAUGCCCAUCGCGUGGCCCUUAGUCACCCAAUGUGCCCCCUCAGCGUGUGAGCACUAGUGCAGCACUGAACCUCUAGCUCAAAAUUUCCACUAUUGGUCCUCACAGGAAGAAAUUCACCCCUUGUAAAAAAAUGUCAUGGACUCUCCAGGCUUACAGUGGAGAGUACCUUUUUAAGUCAUGGUUAGUAGUGUAAGGCUUGAAAUUUUAACGUAAUUUCCCGCUUUUAAGCAGUGCUUCUUUUCUACUCCUAGACAGUGAAACGACCACGAAAAAUUCAGAUUCCUGCAAGUAAUUCUGUGCCGACAGCAUCAACAGGCCCCACAUACUCCACACGAACUCCCCGAUCCUCUGAUGGUCCGUAUUGGGAAGGCUCCCGCACAGGAGAAACCGAGGAGCCAGAUUCUCCAUUACCUUGGAGAGGGAGAUAUGAAAGCUCAAAUCGGGAGCCUCCUGAGGACACUGCAAGGGGUUAUGAAGGAGAUUCCUCAAGUGGCCGAAGCUCUGGAGGCUCUUUUAGGCCAUCCUCUCACCAUUCUAGGCAUCGCAGGACAAGGGGUACUGGUAGUGAAGCAGGCAGUUACCCAAGAAAAAGAGGUUCUGGAAGAGAUGUUGCAGGGUCUGGUAGUGAAGCAGCAUCUUAUCGCCAGAGGAGAGACCGGGAAAGUGAGAGGGGAGGUUCUGGUAGCGAGGCAGCAAGUUAUUCCAGAAUGAGAGAGAACGAAAGUGAAGUUGGCAACUCUGGCAGCGAAGCUGGAAAUAGAAAUCAUAAUGGACUGCAGCUUGUGUCAGGGUUUAAAAGGCUUCCUCCUCAGAAUGCACCAGCCAAGCCUGUAAAGACUGUGUUAGUAAAACGCAUGGAUAAACAAGGUAUGUUUUAUCAUGUAUUAAUUUGAUUGUACCAGAUCUUUUUAUUUUUUAUAUUUUAUUUUGUUUCAGGCUCUAUCCUCCUUCCGACCUCUGCUAAACUAACACACAACUCCCCACGUAUAUUAAAUGGGUUGGGGACUUCUUCGGUCAGUUUAUAUAAAUCUCUCCCACUCUCACUUUCAUCUAUCACAGAAUAUGGUCUCAAGUUGGGUAGCCAGAUCUUCAUUAAACAUAUCACAGAAACUGGACUGGCUGCACAAGAAAGAUCUCUUCAGGAAGGAGACCUCAUUCUCAAGGUAAUGCAACAUAUUCCACCUCUACCUUAAUUAUAUGUGUGUUGUAAUUGACACUUUUUGUAUCACUACUCAUUACUGUUUUUGUAAUGCAUGUGAGAUAUUUUUUUUACACCUAGAACAAUGUAAGACAGUCUUUGUCCAGGAGGAGUUCUAUCAUUUUUUUAUAGGCCAGGUAUAUAUACAGGCGUCACCCCACUUCAACUUUUAUCCCAGUUCCUGAUUGUAGAGUUUGGAUUUUCUCCUUAGAUCAAUGGGGUAGUCAGUGAGAACAUGUCAUUGGGAGACACUCGCCAGCUUAUCGAGAAGUCUAAAGGCAAAUUGACACUUACUGUCUUGAGGGAUAAUCGGCAAUUCCUUGUCAACAUUCCAGAAGUGAUGGACAGUGAGAGUGAGGACAGAAGCUCCCCUCGAGAAGGUAGGAAAUAUCAACUGGUGACACGCAAAGGAUUUGGGAUAGUUGUAUUUAAAGGGACACUCCACCGACCAAAUAAUUUAAAAUAAAUAAAAAUCACACGCAUGUAAUUGUGCAUUUUUCUUUUUUUUUUUUAUAAGAUAUAUCUAAACACCGCUUGCAAAACCCUCUUUUAACCCCGUCUAGACUUUCUGUGGCUGUAAAAUCAGACUUCACAAUGCAGCUCAAUGAGAAGUCUUUGCAAGACAGGAGCUCUGGGCAAUUGCUGCCUCUUUAGCUUAGCUCCACUGAAUACAGAUAUUUAGUUAAAGGGACACUAUAGUCACCAAAACAACUUUAGCGUAAUGAUGCAGUUUGGGUGUAUAGAUUAUUUCUCUGAAGUUUCACUGCUCAAUUCACUGCCAUAUAGGAGUUAAAAGGACUUUUGUUCAUGUUUAUACAGCCAUAGCCACACCUUCCCUGGCUCUGACUGAUACAGCCUAUAUGAAAACAAAAUGGUUUUAUUUCAAUGCGAUGUAACUUUUAAUAUUUUUUUUAUCUCCUGCUCUAUAAAUUGAACUUUAAUAACACACUGGAGGCUCCUGCAUUGUCUAGCAAGCUAUUAACAGAUCAGGAGAUCAGAAAUUGUAAAUGAAACAUAAUUUGCAAUAAAUGAAGUGUAAACAUUAGAUGACUAUUUACAGGAAGUGUUGGCUGUGUUAGUCACAUACAGGGAGGUGUGACUAGGACUGUAUAAAUGUGAUUUAACUCCUAAAUGGAAGAUAAUUAAGCAGUGAGACUGCAGGGGAAUAAUCUAUAAACCAAAACUGCUUGAUUAAGCUAAGGUUGUUUUAGCUAAGGUUCAGCUAAGGUUGUAUAGUGUGCCUUUAAAAUCUUCAAAUAUAUAUGUAGGGGUAAAUAUCUACUUGCCAGAGCUAAAUUUUCACUCACCAAUGGCUAGUGGCAAUUUUGUGCUCUGAAAUAGAUCUGUAGGUAUAGAUAUUUACACUGCUCAAAAAAAUAAAGGGAAUACUUCAACAACACACUGUAACUCCAAGUCAAUCACACUUCUGUGAAAUCAAACUGUCCACUUAGGAAGCAACACUGAGUGACAAUCAAUUUCACAUGCUGUUGUGCAAAUGGGAUAGACAACAGGUGGAAAUUAUAGGCAAUUAGCAAGACACCCCCAAUAAAGGAGUGGUUCUGCAGGUGGUGACCACAGACCAUUUCUCAGUUCCUAUGCUUCUUGGCUGAUGUUUUGGUCACUUUUGAAUGCUGGCGGUGCUUUCACUCUAGUGGUAGCAUGAGACGGAGUCUACAAACCCACACAAGUGGCUCAGGUAGUGCAGCUCAUCCAGGAUGGCACAUCAAUGCGAGCUGUGGCAAGAAGGUUUGCUGUGUCUGUCAGAGUAGUGACCAGAGCAUGGAGGCGCUACCAGGAGAAAGGCCAGCACAUCAGGAGACAUGGAGGAGGCCAUAGGAGGGCAACAACCCAGCAGCAGGACCGCUACCUCCGCCUUUGUGCAAGGAGGAACAGGAGGAUCACUGCCAGAGCCCUGCAAAAUGACCUCCAACACGCGACAAAUGUGCAUGUGUCUGCUCAAACGGUCAGAAACAGACUCCAUGAGGGUGGUAUGAGGGCCCAACGUCCACAGGUGGGGGUUGUGCUUACAGCCCAACACCGUGCAGGACGUUUGGCAUUUGCCAGAUUUCACCAAGAUUGUGCUCUUCACAGAUGAAAGCAGGUUCACACUGAGCACAUGUGACAGACGGGACAGAGUCUGGAGACGCCGUGGAGAACGUUCUGCUGCCUGCAACAUCCUCCAGCAUUACCGGUUUGGCAGUGGGUCAGUAAUGGUGUGGGGUGGCAUUUCUUUGGGGGGCCGCACAGCCCUCCACGUGCUCACCAGAAAGUUGUUUUGGUGACUAUAGUGUCCCUUUAACUAAAUAUCUGUAUUCAGUGGAGCUAAUAGCUCCUCAGACCCCUUGUGAGACCAUAUGCUGAUGCGGUUAGCCCUGGGUUCCUCCUAAUGCAAGACAAUGCUAGACCUAAUGUGGCUGGAGUGUGUCAGCAGUUCCUGCAAGACGAAGGCAUUGAUGCUAUGGACUGGCCCGCCCGUUCCCCAGACCUGAAUCCAAUUGAGCACAUCUGGGACAUCAUGUCUCGCUCCAUCCACCAACGUCACAUUGCACCAUAGGCUGUCCAAGUGUUGGCAGAUGUUUUAGUCCCGGUCUGGGAGGAGAUCCCUCAGGAGACCAUCCGCCACCUCAUCAGGAGAAUGCACAGGCGUUGUAGGGAGGUCAUACAGGCACGUGGAGGCCACACACACUACUGAGCCUCAUUUUGACUUGUUUUAAGGACAUUACAUCAAAGUUGGAUCAGCCUGUAGUGUGUUUUUCCACUUGAAUUUUGAGUGUGACUCCAAAUCCAGACCUCCAUGGGUUGAAAAUUUUGAUUUCCAUUUUUUUAUUUUUGUGUGACUUUGUUGUCAGCACAUUCAGCUAUGUAAAGAACAAAGUAUUUCAGAAGAAUAUUUAAUUCAUUCAGAUCUAGGAUGUGUUAUUUUUGUGUUCCCUUUAUUUUUUGAGCAGUGUACAUUAUCUAGAUAAUUUUGCAGAGCCAACUAUAGUUGGUUUAAAGGCAUUACAAGACAGUAUAUUUUGAGUAUACUUACUAUGGAAAUAAAAGAGGAUUUACAAACUGUCUAGAGAGGUUAGUGAGGUCUACAUAUACAUGACUGAUUGUCCUGAUAGUGAGAGGAGGGUGUAAGAAGGAAAUGAAGAGCUUCCGAAUGUGUGGUUUCUUAAGGGGAAAUAUUUAGGAAUGCAUUGUAACCUAUAUAUAACAUUUAAAGUAACACUAUAGAGUACACUAUAGUUCUAAAACGGCUGUUUAGGUGUGUAACCGCCAUGUCCCCCUUUGUAAAAACUGUGUUAAAAUCGAGUGAGCUUGGCGUUUAAAUGUAGAAGGUGCCAUGAUGUCUAGUUGAGAGGAGAGGGUGUAAUUGUAGAAUGAGGUUGCAGAACUAGGACAGGUGAGGUUUGAGAUAGGUAAAAGGAGAGUUUGAAGAUUAGUGGAGACAUUGGAGAUCUCUGUGAGAGUGAUGUUCAGACGGUGGUGUCAAUUGGGUCUUAGGUAUGCCAAUGUCAAAAGUCAGCAGAUGGUGGUCAGAUAGAGGAAAAGGAAUAUUGGAAAGAUUAGAGGCAGGACAGAGGUUGGUGAAGGCAAGAUCAAGAGUGUUUCCCUCUGUAUGGGUUGCUAAAUUGGACCAUUGCAUAAGGCCAAAGGAGGAGGUUACAGAGAGCAGACGAGAGGCAUCGGUGCAAUUGGGGUUGUUGAUAUAGAUAGGUAUACAUACUGAUACAUUAAAUAAGGAUCCACAUCAGGUUCCAGGCAUUCUUUUUAUUCGAUGCGGCACUUUAGGAACAAUAACGUUACCCUGACCACCUAAUUCUCAAUUAAGUAAACUGGGUGCAGUAGCCCUAUCCUUUUAACCCUGUAAUAUAAAACAUUGCUGUUUUUUAGCUUAAAGGAUUAAACCAUUCAUGAACAAUUAAACACCAAAGUCAAGACAGAUGCCCGAUCCCUUUGGCCCUCUACUUAUUAUGCAGGCACAAGGCUUCAUUUAGGUAGCCUUGUCAACUUACACUCUUAGCCUCUCACAAGCACCCCAUUCUGAAAUGUGAGUGAAUAAGGUACAUAUAUUCCUGAUUUGAAGUCUUGGUCCAGCAUAGGAAGUGGAGGGGCAGAGUGAUCUGGUGCUAUGUUCCAGAUUUUGGGUUUAAACCACUGAUUAAUAGUUUUACCACUUUAGGUAAGACAGUACCCACCACCUCUUUGCACCAUUACAACUUAAUUGUGAUGAACUGGCCAUGGUGCCCAGAAUGUCCCUUUAAACAUCCCAUAAUGUCCUAAAAGACACCAUGAUCCAUGGAGAGGAAGGUAGGAUUGGUGAAUUUUUUUAAUUUAUUUUUUUUGUCUCACUAGAUAUCUCUGAUUUGGAUUCUGAUCACUCUCCACCUCCCUCCCAGCCACCUCCACCUCCACCUGGACACCAGCGCACAAGCUCCGAGAGCUCUGAAAUCCCCCUGUAAGUUUCACCCAAACUGUCUGUAUUUUACUACAAAAUUAGAUUUCCUACAAUUUCUCUCAUUUUCAUUCCACCUCCUGUUUGUAGAGAGAGUCCUCCGAUAAAUGGUGAAACUCUGAGUGAGAGCCCCAAGCCACAAAAUGGUAAGAUACAUCCUAAAGUUCUACCUCUUGAAGGGUGCCUCCUCUCCAUACUUAUGGAAAAGAACAUCACUGAAAAUAGAAGCAGUGUUUUACCCGAUGUCAAACCUUGUCCUUCUUUCUAGGUCAUGUUGAAUCUCCACAGCUAACUGAGGAAUACAGAGAGGAACCUGUAAGACCCAAUGAGGGGGAGAGACGGGAUCGAGCAGGGUACCAUAUUUCAUCUGUUACCAUUGCUUAUUCUUACCAUCCCCCUUAUCUGCUGAUUUCUUUAGUUCCCAUUUACUUUUUAACAAUAAAAAGUAUCAUUUUGUGUCCUCGCUUUCUUUAUUUUAUGUUUGCCUCCCUUUUUGUCACAUUUAGUUCCCUGCACUUAUCAUUCACAUCCACUGUAAUAGUCCCCUAUCCUUCUCUGGGCACCUUCUUGAUUCUCACACAGCCCCAUAUUCCUUGCGUCCACAUUUCUGUUUCUAUGCCAUUCUGCGCGCUCUCUCUCUCUCUCUGUGUCUUUGCUAUUGCUUUGUCUCCAUCAAUUCUUUAUUCCUGCUCCUGUUUUGCAUUUACUACUCCAGGUAUAGUCCAGAUGCUCGCCUCAUUCAGUUCACAAAAUCGAGCAAUGUAGGUCUGCGUCUUGCAGGAGGAAAUGACGUGGGAAUAUUUGUGGCUGGAGUACAAGAGGGGAGCCCUGCAUCGCGUGAGGGAAUGAAGGAAGGGGACCAGAUUCUGCAGGUAGGAAUAUAAAGUGCAGGAAUAAUUCUUUUUGACUUUGCAUUUUGAACUUAAGACUUUGAGCUGUGUCUGUCUCUAGGUAAACGACACUAGUUUCCAUAGCAUGACACGCGAAGAUGCUGCAAGUUACCUUAUGAACCUGCCGCAGCACGAAGAGGUCAUAUUUCUCACCCAACGCAAAGAGGACAGUAAGUGAACCUGAUCUAUAUGUCUCGAAAUAAAAUUUUACGUCUAACCAUUCAUUUAUAUCCCUUUUCUUUCUGUUAUUUCUCCUGCAGUUUACAGGAAGAUGAUAAAGUCCAAUGUUGGGGAUUCCUUCUAUAUACGUACACACUUUGAUUAUCAAGCAGAUUCUCCCUCAGGCCUAAGUUUCGCCAGAGGAGAUAUAUUCCAUGUUGUGGACACAUUGUAUCGAGGGAAAAUGGGCAGUUGGUUGGCUAGUCGUGUUGAUAAAGAUUUACAGGAGGUGAAGAAAGGAAUAAUCCCAAAUCGCACCAGGUAAUCCAUGUUAAAUUAGGAAUAUAUAAAAGACGUCUUAUUUUUGUUUCUUCUUAUUCAAAUUCCCCUGCGCUUUCAAUGCUAUUGUUCUUUAUAGUCUGGACUUUGUACUUUUCCAGGGCUGAACAAUAUGCCAGUUUAGAGCCGGUUUUAAAGUCACAAUCCUCAUCUGGACCCCGGGCUGAAUUUUGGAAGAUGAGGGGUCUACGGGGGGCUAAAAAGUUAUUGAAAAAGAGCAGAGAAGAUUUGUCCGCAAUAACAACUAAAGCUAAAUACCCUCCAUAUGAAAGAGUUGUCCUUCGAGAAGGUAACCAUUAACCUUGCAUCUCUAAUUGUCUGUUACAUUUUUUGUAAGCCUCUUUAUUAACCAAGAUUCCUCUACAACAUGAAACUUUUUUUUGUGUGUCUUAUUUUCACUGUCAAAUGUCUUUUUCAUCUUUUAUCUUUUUUUUUAAUUAGCAAGUUUUAAACGUCCUGUAGUCAUUUUGGGUCCAAUCACCGAUAUUGCGCACCAGAAGCUAUGUGCUCAACUGCCCGAUGAGUUUGAGUCAGCAGGUGAGAGAAACCUUGCACUAAUUAAGGUUGGGUCUUUGGAUUAUGCUUGAUGCAUUUGAAAUGAUCAUUGCAAUUACCUUGAGUUUCUAUGUCCUUCUAGAUAGUGUUGCUCGAGAUGAUGGAUCUUCCAAGGUCAUCAAACUGCAGGUUGUGAAAGAAAUUGCAGCAAAGGUACAGAUGUGUUGCUUACAGUAUUAGAAGUGCAACCUAAACAUUUAUGUUGCCAUUUUGAGAAUGCUUUUCAAUACUGUGGUUAUAGUCUAAUUAUUCAAUGCUCUUUUACUUUAUUUUAGAAUAAGCAUGCACUCCUGGAUAUCACUCCAACAGCUGUGGAACACCUGAAUUAUGUUCAGUUCUAUCCUAUUGUUGUGUUCUGUAACCCAGAGAACAGACAGGGGGUGAAAGCCAUGAGACAGUGGUUGCUUCCUGAAUCGAAGAAGAGCUCUAGACGUUUGUAUUCACAAGCUGUCAAAAUGAGAAAAAAUAGCUCUCGUCUCUUCACUGGUAACCAUUUUUUCCAGUUCUCCUUGCAUGACCCUCAUUCUUCACCUUGGGCCUCUUAUGUUUAUUAUAUUGUAUUCACUUCCUACAGCAACCAUUAACCUGAGUGGGGCAAGUGACUCGUGGCUGCCCAGCUUGAAAGAGAUUAUUCGGACUGAGCAAGCAAGAGCCAUUUGGACUGCAGAAGAAAAGGUGAAUAUAGUGUGUUGGGAUACUACUCAAAAUAUAUACAUAUAAUUUAUUUGAGAAGAAUACUAUGUAUAAAUGUGAUAAAGAUGUGCAUUGUGAAUUCUAUCAAACAUCAGAACCUUCUCAUUUUAGGUGGAUAGUUUAGACACAGAACCCUUGCAUAUUCAGAAUGUAUCAAACUAUGGAUCCACGGACUAUCUCAGCUGUGACAGUCGUGCCAACAGUGACUAUGAAGAAACUGAUGCCGAGGGUGGUGCCUAUACCGACCAGGAGUUUGACGAGGAGUUACAGGAGCCAGCUCUGGCUAGGUCAUCUGAGCCAGUAGUUGAUCAACAACCGCUCUACUACAGGUCGAACGCUGAGUCUGAAUAUUCUUCUGGAUAUCCUCAUUCUCCUGCUGCCACUGCCUCGUACCAUGAAGAUAACUCCGUGAUUGAAUCCAACUUUCAGUACAGAAGUAAUGAAACUGCUAGGAACACAGAAAGCCCUCAGGUACUUAAUGAUAUAUACAACCAUUAUGUCAAUGUGUCUGAGCAAGAGGAAUAAGGAUAAUCAUUUUUUUUAAUUUUUUUUAUUAAACUUAUCAAAAGUUCACCUUCACAGUCUAAUCCAAGCUUUAAAAAAAAAAAAAAAGUUUACCUGUAAUAACCAUCAGUCUCUGAUUUUUUUGUUACCAUGCAACAAUUAUUUUUUAAAAUCCUUAAUAUAUUUCUAUUGGCCAGAGAAUGCAGUUCGCUUGUGUAAUAGACUAAAAUGAUGUUACAGUAAAGUCUGCAGAAUUCCCUGGAACCAAAUGAAUGAGAGAAACUUUUAAUUUUCUACCUCUGUAGGAAGAAGACCAGCCUCGUGGUCAAUGGAAUUACAAGAACAGCAGCAGGUAGGAAUUAUUGGAAUGUCUAGUGGAAAACUAACUUCCUUAAAAACGCCGGAAAUCCUUAGCUCUAUGUAGUGCAAGAGACUGAAAAUAAAUAACAAAAUGUAAUGUUACUUAUUGUACUUAUUUGUGUAGCCUAAUCUAUUAUUUUUCCUCAAUAAAAUUUAACACUAUAAACACAUGUCCAGCUUCUGAUCUCGUAAACCUGCUAUAUUUUUCUUCACGUUCUAAUCUUUAGUUUUGCAAAAAGAUUUUAAUGUGAAGAAGAAUUCAGCUCCCUCCCCCAAAUGCACCCUUGACAUUCACUUCUAAUCCAGUGGCAACAUGGCUACUCAUCUGAGUUCAGCUCUGUGUCUGGGAGAACAUGAUUAUCUUCAGGCCACUAAUACUUCUCAUACAUGAGAGAGAGGCAGGAUGCUUCCUCAUAAGAAACCUUCACUUCUUCUGCCUUGAUCGAGGACAACCCAAGAGCUUUAUAAAGUAAGAGAGGGGACACAAGCGCCUAAAGCAAGAUAAAAUGCUUUGGUGGUUUGGAGUGUUCCGUUACUGCUUACAUUUUUCAUGUAACUCUUUGUCCCAAAAGAUGUACUUUUUUUAUAUUUUAAAUAAACCACACAAAUCCAUAUGCUACAGCCCGACGCAUUUUUUUCUUUGGAGUAUUAUCUCUCCAUAGUAAACUGCAAUAGAUAUUUACUUGACAUGAUUGUGAUUUCUCAGGAAAAAACAAAAUGUAAUCUUCCACAGUCUCAAGUCAUAUAAUCCAGUCUGGCUAACUAGUGCAACUUGAUUGGGUAUGUGUACUUUGUAAACCUUCCUGUACUUGGGAAAGGUCAAAGACAUUCAAACAUAACCAGCUAAUUUGGAAUGAGUGACCCCAGAAUCAACCUAAAAGAUGCUCGCGACCAUUUGAUUUAUUUCUGGUGGGUAUGUUUUAACAUGAUGAUCCUUUCAAAAGAUGUUUUUAUUUUUAUUUUUAUUAAAAAUAUAUAUAAAAAAAAAAAAAAACUCUAAACCUUAUCCCUACACCUUGACAGCGUUUGAAAACUAACAAACAGUUUCUUUCUGCUUAAUUCCCUGCACAGUAAAUGUACUGCAGACAAAGGCAAAAUUCACUUGUUUUGUCAAUUUCAUUCCUAGCCGUGAAUACGAACACGAUGCCUUACGCCGUAAAUUCAAUCGUGCAAGAAGUUCUAGUUCGGAAGAUGAUGACUACAAUUGGGGAGGUCCAGCAACUGACCUGUGAAGUCUGUGCCUGCCAGCUAAUUAAGCUAUGCCAAAAAUUCCUACAUGUGCCUUUGAGAGGAAGAUAAAUUCACACGAGAACACUGAAUUCAUGUAUAUGGAUGCAGAUGCCUAUCAGAACAAAUGGUGACGAGAAGAUGUUUGUCCAUAAGACUUAAGGUCACAAAGUAUACAUACAUAUAAAUAUAUUUUUAACUUUAAUAAAUGAGACUUUUUUUGCCAUUGUCCAUCUGGUUUAUUCAAUAUUUUCAAUUGCUCAGAUAUAUAUAAAACAGAAAUUUACAGAACUAGUUUAAAGUCUGUAGUGUGUGUGCGCAGAAGGCAUCCACUACAAAAUCAGAGCUCUGUUCCUUCCUGAAAUCCAUGCAGGGAGAAAGCUGAAUUUAUCACAGCGACGUUGUCUAUUUUGUUCGACCUAUGGAUAGACUGUAAAUACUUCCCUGUUAUGUAUUCACUCUCCAUAUCUGUUUGUGUGUAUAGCACAAUAGGAAACUUAAUACUGGAGAUGAAAAACUGCCCUAUUCCCAGUAGGAAUGGUCCAGUUAGCUAAAUGGUAAUCCCACUUGUUAUUCUGUUAAAAGAUGUACAAAGAAAUUGAUGCAGCUAUGGUCUAGUGACCUGGUCCUCUUCUUGAGCGCUUUGUGUCUGACUGGUUGUCCUUGUUGGAUUGUUUAAUUAUUGCACUUUCCGUGUGAUGGGACUAUUCUUUUGAUCAGUCCAUAACCCAAUACAUUCACUAGUGAGGCCAGAAAGAUCCUAUUUAAUACGGCACAAGAAAAGCGUGGAAGAAGGAGCCUCAUUACCUUCUCUGUGUGAUCUUUAACGCCACAAAGUUACAAAUACACGUUCUUGCCAAAGUGUCCAUAUUUGUAUAGAACGCCAAGUUCCUGAGCAUUACAUCCACUCCACACGAUGGAUAUGGUGCAUUGUGAAGGAGAUGAAUAUCAAGUCCUCAAAGGUAGAGUGGGGUUUCCUGUCCGGUCAGCAGUCUGUAAGUAGAAGCUGGCAUAGUUUUGAUAUGGACCUGUGUACAAAAAAAAAAUUAAAUGGGGUUUCACUACGACAUACAUUGUCCAGCUGCUUUACAUUGACCUUUUCAAUGCAUUCUUACCUCCCCUGUAGCAUCUAGUAGAGUCUGAAUAAUUUUCUCGUGGGAUGUGGCCACAACACUUUGACCGUUUAUCUCGAUAAUGCGAUGGCCAACUCUGAUUCCCCCACGCUCAGCGAUGCCCCCACGCACUAGGCUGCAGAUCUGUGUUAAUACAAGACUUAUCAAUAUACAUCUGCAUCAAUGUGUUAAUAUUGUAACAUUGUUACCCGAAGUUCUGACUUCACACUCACCACUCCAUCUUCCACACAAAAACCCAACGGGUGACUGGCAUCAGGUCUGUGAAUGAUUGCGGUGAUAACAGGUGGGCAACGGACUAUAUUCAAAACCACUUCAGACUGGCCUUUCAGCUCC